AUGUCACCCGUGAUCACUCGUGACGUCACUUCCGGCAGAGAUUUCCUCGACGAUGGAGCCCGUCCCCAUCGGUCCAAGCGCCGACGAUUCUCCCCUGGCUCGCGUUUCGCUUGGAACCACCUCGCGACGAUGGGGAGGAACUCGUCGAGGAGCCAGCUUAAGCGCGCAGAAAUGGGGAUCUUGGAUACCCUCGUAGCCCAAAAAAAAUGGGUGAUUUUGGGCGUUGGAGGGAUUCUAUUGUUGGGCGUGAUAUUGGCCAUCGCGAUACCCCUCUCUAACAGAGAUAGAAACGACGUGUCAGAAACGACGGAACAAAUGAUUAGGAGAAUCCUCAGGGAAGUUCCUCUCGUCGACGGGCACAACGACUUGCCUUGGUUGAUAGCGAAAGUGACUAACAACAGCCUGGAAGGCUGGGACCUGCGUGACGACAUGACAAACGGACAAAAGUAUGGGGAAUGGAUUAAGACCAAUACGAGUCAUACGGACUUGCCUCGACUCCGCAAGGGUUUAGUCGGAGGACAGUUCUGGGCUGCUUACGUGGACUGCAGUGCAAAUUUCAAGGACGCCUUGCAUCUUGCCCUGGGCCAAAUCGAUGUCAUCAAGCGAUACGUCAAUAAAUACCACGACGACUUCGAAUUCGCCACUACAGCACAAGAUAUCGAGAACAUCCACAGGCGUGGGAAGAUUGCGAGUCUGAUCGGAUUGGAAGGAGGACAUAUGAUAGAGAGCAGCCUUUCAGUUCUUCGGAUGCUCUUCGAAUUGGGAGUUCGAUACAUGACCAUCACUCACAACUGUGACACUCCAUGGGCAGAAUGGCACAACGAAGGAGAAACAUCUCACGAUAUUACGGGUCUGACUGCCUUUGGUGAGCGAGUGGUAGCAGAGAUGAAUCGGCUGGGCAUGAUGGUGGAUCUGAGUCAUGUGUCCCCACAGACGAUGAAAGAUGCCUUGAGAGUGACCGAAGCACCCGUCAUGUACUCUCACUCAUCGGCUUGGACGUUGUGCAAUGAAACGCGGAACGUUCCUGACGAUGUUCUCAAGCUAGUCUUCACAGAUUCCUCAUUGCAUGCAUUGCAGAAAGCCAAUGGAGGGGUCGUGAUGGUGAAUUUCUACAAUGGCUUCAUCUCGUGCCAGGAUAAAGCGACGGUAGACGACGUUAUAGCUCACAUAAAUCACAUCAGGAAGGUGGCGGGAGUGGACCACGUGGGCCUUGGCAGCGACUAUAACGGCGUGCCCUUGACACCUGAGGGAUUGGAAGACGUCUCAAAAUUCCCUAACCUGAUGACGAAAUUGGCCGAAAGCAAGAACCUCACAUGGACCGAAGAAGACUUGAAAAAACUCGCCGGCCUCAACAUUCUCCGAGUCAUGAGAAGCGUGGAACAAGGAAUAGUUAAAAAACUCAUUAGCACAAAUAUGGGGAUCUUGGAGACCCUCGGACCCCACAAACGAUGGGUGAUGGUGUGCAAUGGAGGGGUUCUCAUGCUGAGCCUCAUUUUGGCCAUCGCGAUACCUCUUUAUCUCAGGAGCAAGCCAGAAACUCCAGAACAAAUGGUGGCGAGAAUCCUCAGCGAAGUUCCUCUCAUCGAUGGUCACAACGACCUGGCGUGGUUGAUAUGGAUGGUGACGAAUAAUAACCUGGAAGGCUGGGACCUGCGUGACGAUAUGACACACGUAUCGAAUUAUGAGGAAUGGAUUAGGACCAACUUGAGUCAGACAGACAUUCCUCGACUCCGACAGGGCCUCGUCGGAGGACAGUUCUUCUCUUCAAAUCUUUGCAUUCAGUUCUGGUCUGCUUACGUGGAAUGCGAUGCUAACUUCAAGGAUGCUUUGCAUCUUGCCCUUGAGCAAAUCGACGUCAUCAAGCGAUUCGUCAAUAAAUACCACGACGACUUCGAAUUCGCUACUACAGCACAAGAUAUCGAGGAUAUCCACAGGCGUGGGAAGAUUGCGAGUCUGAUCGGAUUGGAAGGAGGACAUAUGAUAGAGAGCAGCCUUUCAGUUCUUCGGAUGCUCUUCGAAUUGGGAGUUCGAUACAUGACCAUCACUCACAACUGUGACACUCCAUGGGCAGAGUGGCACAACGAAGGAGAAACAUCUCACAAUGUUACUGGUCUGACUGCCUUUGGUGAGCAAGUGGUAAGGGAGAUGAAUCGGCUGGGCAUGAUGCUGGAUCUGAGCCAUGUAUCCACACAAACGAUGAAAGAUGCCUUGAGAGUGACUGAAGCACCCGUCAUGUUCUCUCACUCUUCGGCUUUUGCGUUGUGCAAUGAAACGCGGAAUGUUCCUGACGAUGUUCUCCAGCAAGUAAAAGCCAAUGGAGGGGUCGUGAUGGUGAACUUUUUCAACAAGUUCAUUUCAUGCGGCCUCAACGCCUCAGUCGACGACGUUAUAGACCACAUAAAUCACAUCAGGAAGGUGGCGGGAGUGGACCACGUGGGUCUUGGCAGCGACUUUAAUGGAAUUUCCUUGACACCUGUGGGCUUGGAAGACGUCUCAAAAUUCCCUAACCUCUUGAAGAAACUGGCUGAAAGUAAGGAUCCCAUGUGGAACGAAGAAGACUUGAAAAAACUCGCUGGCCUCAAUAUUCUCCGAGUCAUGAGAAGAGUGGAGCAAGUGGAAAUGAGAAGCCAAUGGGGGCUGAUCGGCGGGGGUUGGGUGGCUUUCCUGUGUUUCGGCUUGGCUCUCGCUCAUCCCUUUUCCCCCAAAGCCCAUCAGAAGAAGGAAAUGGGGGAAAAUUCGGAGCCUAAACGAAACCGGGAGACGUCACAAGAGAUAAUAGAAAGAAUCCUGGCUGAAGUCCCUCUCAUCGACGGUCACAACGAUCUUCCGUCGUACAUCGGGUGGAUGACCAACAACACCCUCGAAGGAUGGGAUUUCCACGACAAUCAGCUCACGAGUCCCGACUACGAAGAUUGGAACACGGAACUCAGUAAUACGGAUAUCCCGCGCCUGCGAGAGGGCUUGGUGGGCGGACAGUUUUGGUCGAUAUUUGUGGGCUGUUCCGCCAGCUACAAAGACGCCCUUCAUCUAGCCUUGGAGAGCAUCGAUCUUCUCAAACGUCUCGUGGUCAAGUACGCAGACACCUUCGAGUUUUCGAGGACGGCAGACGAGGUCCGUGCAGCGCAUGCGAACGGGAAGAUAGCGAGCAUGAUCGGGCUGGAGGGCGGACACAUGGCGGAAAGCAGCCUCGCGAUCCUCCGGAUCUUGUACGAGUUGGGAGUUCGGUACAUGACCCUCACCCACAACUGCGACACUCCUUGGGGGGAAUACCACACGGACGGGUUUGAUCACGACGGCAUCAGCGGACUCACUCAAUUCGGGAAGAAAAUGGUCUUGGAGAUGAACCGGCUGGGGAUGCUGGUCGACCUGAGCCACGUGUCGGACCAGACGAUGUCGGACGCCCUCGACACGAGUCGGGCUCCGGUGAUUUUCUCCCACUCUGGCGCCCGGGCGAUGUGCGACUCGUCUCGAAACGUCCCGGAUUCCAUCCUCACCAGAGUGAAAGAGAACAACGGGAUCGUGAUGGUGAAUUUUUAUACAGGAUUUGUCACGUGCAGCGAAUCCGCCACCAUCGACGACGUCAUCGCUCAUUUGAAUCACAUCAGGAAUGUGAUCGGCGUGGAUCACGUGGGCCUUGGCAGUGAUUUCAACGGUGCAUACCCAUUCCCGACGGACCUCACGGAUGUGUCCAUGUUCCCAAACCUUUUGGUGAGGCUUCUCGAGAGCGAGGACCCCGCGUGGAGCGAAGACGACAUCAAGAAGCUCGUCGGACUCAACAUCCUCAGAGUCAUGGAAGAGGCCGAGAGGGUGGCCCAAGAGAUGCAGAACGAGAUAGACGAGUCCCUGCUGCCCGACGGGGACUGGCCAGAGGGCUACAGGGACUGCAUGCAGAAGUUCAACCCGACGACGUUCCAGGAAGGCGCGAAGAAAACGCCCAAGGGCUCGAGCCCUUCCUCUAUCAUGCGAGACGACUUCGCAUCUGCCCGCAGGAAAUCCGAGGUUAUAUGUCCGCUAUUCCAGCUCCUCCUGUUAAUGUGGGUGAGAUCGCCUCUGGGGCUUGCUUACGAUCAAAGCGAGGAAGCUUCCGACGAACUCAGCCUGGAACGCCCUCGCGCGGCCCCAGAACCUAGUUACAACAGACACGAGUCGGUGCCGUUCGAAGCGCAGGGCCGAGAGCAGGUCUCUCCCCUGGGGGCGAUCACUGAGCACCGAGGGGAUGUCAAACAGACGGGGACUUUCGGAGGACAAAACUUCAAUAUCUUCCAAUUCGAGGGGGCUCAGGUGAGGACGAUCGACUCAUCCGUUGUCUCGUAUUCCCUUCCAGUGGGUCGUUGUUAUGUAUCUACCGAUGAUGGGAGCCCGGGCCGCCCCUACUGCUGCCGCUGGCAAGGAAGUCCAGUUGUCUGA